AUGACUGACAUCAAGACAAUAUUGACCGACAGUGGCAACGGCUGGUCUGCCAGUACAAAGACCCUGUUCCCAGGCGACGAGAAGUUCGCUGAGGCGACGACGCGGUGGGCCAUCUACAAGCCCCCGACCUACAUGGCCUGUAUCAGCCCAGGCACGGAGGAAGACGUAGUCAAGGUGGUUAAACUCGCAGCGAAGCAUAAUAUCCCAUUUCUUGCCACUAGCGGACGCCACGGCUAUAGCGCUGCGCAUGGCAAGCUUCAGAAUGGUCUCUCCAUGGACCUUCGACGUCUGAACAGCAUCGAACUGGACACGAGCUCGGAAACAUUGACGGUGGGAGGCGGUGUGACCACAGGCGAGGUGCUUGACCCACUCUUUGAGGCAGGCUUUGAACUUCCGACGGGAUCAUGCUCGGCCACCGGGAUCGUGGGCACGACACUGGGUGGCGGUGUAGGCCGCUAUUCCGGCAUCUACGGGCUGCUGAUCGACUCGCUGAUACCUCUCCGGGUGGUGACGGCAGCGGGCGUGACGGUUGAGGCGUCGGCCACGUCGGAGCCGGACCUGUUCUGGGGCAUGCGUGGAGCCGGGGCCAACUUGGGCGUCGUGACAUCGGCGACAUACCGGAUUUACCGGAUCGCCGACGACCCGCAUUCACGGGGCAACGUGACCAACAUCGACUUCGUGCUCCCGGCAGCCAUGGCACCGGCCUAUUUCGAUAUGCUGGAGACGCACUUUGGUGGAGACCGCUUGCCUCGCAAGCUCGCCCCUGCCUCCAUCGUCAUGUUUGACCCGGAGCACGGAGCGCCCCAGAUUCUUGGCACAUGGGCUUACAUGGGGCCCGAGGAUCAUGCCCGUCGUGUCAUUGCCCCCUUGCUGGCACUGGGACCACCUGUCAUCGUCAUUCAGAACAUUCCCACCAACAAGCUUUUACACACAGCGGGCUUUGGCUUCGUUCCCCUGGUCCAGCGCGACAGCGCCAUCCGCAGUGCGUAUUCGGCCAACAUGAAAAAGAUUUCAGGUCCGGCUUUGCUGGAUGCCUUCGAGAAUAUGCGCGCACUGUACAACGCUCACCCGGACGCCCGCGCCAGUUCUAUCGAGAUGGAACAUUUCCCUAAUCAGGCCAUGGCCGCCGUUCCAGACGAGGAGACGGCCUACCCUUGGCGGGACGCCAGGAAUAAUAUGUAUGUUGCCCGGGCUGUGGCCCAGCUCGGUUGCCAGCUCCGCACCAGCUUGUCCAAGGCGGGCGGCUACGGCGAUGACGCUGUCUAUGUCAGCUACUCGCAGGGCGAUGAAACGCUCGAGCAGAUCUAUGGUCGCAGGAAGUUGCCUCGCUUGGCGGCCUUGAAGAAGACUUGGGACCCGAACAACGCCUUCGAUUACAAUAUCUCCCUGCCUACUGAAUACCAUCGCUGA